AAGCUUGCUACAUGGGUGCGUGAAUAAACAAAGUCAGGAACCGAUAAGGGUCUUAUCACUGUAAACAAGGGGUUAUUUGCAUACAAAAUACGUGGGACUCAGCUUUAAUGUGACCCUGCACUUGUGACCUUAUUAUAAUGAGGGGAACUCUGCAGCGUAGGUGAAGGUCUGCAGUGUGUCCUUCCUUGCUCCAUGAUAAUUCAUGGCCAUGUACUUUGCACACUGACUUGUACAUGAACAUGCACACUGUGCAAUGCUGUUGUGUGCAUGUUACACCAUGUCCGCAUUUUGUAAACUGUGUAUGUAGUUUGAACAUUCUGGAGCCAGUGUGAACAUGGUGUGAACAUCUGUAAAUGACUGCCGACUCCUCUGUUUAUGAUUGAAAACAAAAUGGCGGCAAGCACCAUGGCAACUAAACCUGUGCCGGAGACGCAGAGCCGGCUGGAGUGCUCUGUCUGCCUCAAGCGUUUACAGGAUCCCAGAGAGCUGGAUUGUCAACACAGACUCUGCCUGAGAUGCCUGCAAGCACUCGCGCAGAGUCAAGACGUCGGUAGCAAGACGCUCACUUGCCCGGUGUGCAGCUGCGAAACCAUUGUUGAUAAUCUCGCAGACUUGCUGGACAAGACAAAUCUCAACGUACACACACAUGCCAAAACAUGGAGACUGAAGUCGGAGGUAAAAGUUGUUGGGGAAAGCCAGAAAGUCCAGUUCGCUUUCGACGUCAAUGCUUUCUCGGACGGAGACAUCGUCGUGGCCGAUAUCGGACACGGUUUCUUGAUUGCUCUCUCAUCCAAGAUUGAAUCAGGAACUUCAGAGGAACUGGAAAUCAAGGGUCUGGUGGAUCCUAGCCACGUUGAGGUCAAUCAGAAGGAUGAAAUUAUUGUUCUUGAUCGUCCUGUUGUUCAGUUCUUCGACCGGGAGUUCCAGUUUCUCCGCCAGUUGGACCCGGGGCCGGAGGUCAAAGUUACAAGCCUGGCGGUGGACGAGAGCAAUCGCAUCGCAGCGGGUUGCGACACUGAAGAGAUUUUACUAUUUAACGAGGACGGAUUCCACGCUAAGACGCUGCCGGCCCCGAUGCUCAACGACUACUUGGCUGCCCGAAAUCGGAGACUGAUUUACACCAACUACAGAAAGGAAUUGCUCGUCGGAGUCGAUUAUGACGGGAAAAUGCUAUUCUCUGUACCAAUUCAGAGCAGCAUGACUGGGAACUGGGGGCCUAAAGGCGUGUGCUGUGACAUCGACGGUAACAUCUUUGUCGGAUGUUGUGGUUGGCAAUCCUGGGGGGAGAUUCAGCAUUACAGCCCUGAGGGCCAAUUCUUAGGGUGCGUGGUUAAGGGGUGCGGCCCUGCCCAUGGGAUCGCACUGACACCAGAUGGCGAUCUAGUGGUAGCGGCAGUCAAAUCUGUAAAGGUCUACUGCCACAAGUGAACAUGCAGACUCACUAUGCACAUGACCGUGCUUCAAUCCAUUGUGAUAGGAUUUUAGUCUGUACUGGACUAAUGCAUGUUUAAGUGCUUAGAGUACUCACUGUUAAAAGCUUGUUUCUGAUUGGCUGAAAGAUUGGGAUUUCAAUCUGCACUGAAUCAAUGCAUAUUCAACAACCAAAGUACACACUACUGAAUAGUCGAUUCUGAUUGGCUGCAGACUGUACCAUAAGAGCUAAAACCACUCUAUUACUAUUAACUACUCGUUUCUAAUUGGCUGAAAGAUUUACCGUAGCACUCUUGGAUUUUAGUAUGUACCAAAUUCAAACUAGGGUAGUAUAUAAAAUCCUUAAACAUUUAAUAUUUUCAAUACAAUUAAUGCUGCAAUGGUCUUCGUGUAUAGAUUAUUAUUUGUUUGUUUUUCUUGAAAUCCUAAACAGUUGAGGUGUUUGAAAAGAUAUGUUGAGGACUUUAAUUACGUUUUUACAUCUGAAGGGCUAAAAAAGAUUUAAUAUAUUAUAUCAGAAAGCAUCUCUUUUGCUGAAGUACAGAUAUGCAAACAAAACAAGACCAAAGCUUAAGCAUGAUAGAAAUAUCAAACAUAUUGUAAAUGUGGAAAUUAAAUAAAAUGUGUAGCAUAAAAAAGUUUAAUGUUAUUUCCACAGCAAGUCACAAAAACGCUGUUUUUAUAUAACAGUCUUUAGGUUGUACAGGAUGAUCGAAUUAUAUAAAUCCUCCAAAAAAUACAUAAAUCUAGUU